GACAUCUAUAACUUUGACGAGACUGGGUUCGCUAUGGGCGUCGCUGGGACGUCAAAAGUAGUCACAAGCUCUGAAAGAGUUGGUCGGGCAGUCGUCGUACAGCCAGGUAAUCGCGAGUGGGUGACAGUUAUCGAGUGCGUUAAUGCGUCUGGCUGGUCUUUACCACCGUUUGUGAUUCUGUCUGGUAAAACUAUCGGCGUCUCAGAUAACGGCUGGACGACAGACGAGCUUAGUAUAGAGUGGGUAAAGCAUUUCAACCAGUAUACAGCCGCUCGUACGGCUGGAGUCUAUCGUCUUCUUAUCCUGGACGGCCACAGUAGCCAUGCUACGCCAGAGUUCGACCAGUACUGCGCUAAGAACAAGAUUGUCACUCUCUGCAUGCCACCUCAUACCUCUCAUCUUCUCCAGCCGCUUGAUGUAAGCUGCUUCUCACCGCUAAAGCGCGCGUACGGGCGUGAGAUUGAGGAGCUCGCUCGCCAAGGCGUUAACCAUAUUGACAAGAUAGACUUCCUUACAGUCUAUGCACGGAUCUAGCCGACAGUAUUUACUUAACAGAACAUCCAAGCUGGCUUUCGGGCGACUGGGCUUCUCCCUUCUUAUCUAGAUCGUGUCCUAUCGUCGCUUACUGUCGUUAGGACACCAUCUCUACCACAGACAACUAUAGAUAACAACGCUACGAUACAGGUAGAAACACCGCAUACAGUAGCCCAGCUUCAGCAGUAGGCAAAGCUUCUUUAAGAACGACUCCAUCGGGAAUCAUAAAGC